GUGGAAGGCUUUAGGCAAAAGGGGCAUUUUAGUAAAAAGUGUACAAAAAACGAUCUGUCACGUUAGAUGAUAUCUGUAGCUUUAAAGAAUUUAGAGGACAGUAUUGAGCAAUACCUAGAUGAGAUCAAAAGGACUGGCAAAGGUGACCUUCAGCAAGUAAUAUUGUCUUCAUGCAUUUUUCAGAGUGAGCUUCAUGAACUAACGCGAUGCUUGCAUGAACGGAAUAUACAUAUCGAGCACGAGCGAAGAAGUGGCAAUCUAAAAUACAUAUAAUUGUAAAUGUGCGAAGCAUGAAAUAUAUAUAUAUAUAUAUAUAUAACAA